GGAAGGGAACAGCUAUAAGCAAGGCAGUUCUCAGAUGAUGAUGACCACUCAGUCUUUAACUCUUCUGGUUCACACAAUAUGGCCGGAAAAUCUUCAUUCUAUACACAGGACUACAGGAGUGAGGCGUGUGUCAGGCAAUGGUUGAGAUCGAGGCUAUUAUAAAUGCUGUUUCAAAUGUUCUUCCUCUUGCUGAACAUAGACAUUGUGCAAGGCAUAUAUUUGCACUAUGGCACAAGUCUUUCAAAGGAGAUGAGAUGAAGUUGCUGUUUUGGAAAAUUGUCAAAGCUUACAACAUGGCAGACUACAAUGACGCAUUUGAUGAAUUGGCUAAAGUAAAUGUUGAGGCUGCCACUGCUUUCAAAACCUACAACCCAAAGGUUUUCUGUAGGGCAUUCAUGAAGACUAGCAUACGAACAGAUGCAGUAACCAACAACAUGGCAGAAACCUUCAACGGCUACAUAAUAAAUGCAAGAACAAAGCACAUAAUAUACAUGUUGGAAGAGAUUAGAGCUGCGUUGAUGCAAAGGUUGGUUCUUAAAAGGCAGGAAAUGGAGAAUGGGGACUCCAUAAUCUGCCCAAGAAUCCAAAGCAGACUUGAACUAGAGAAGGGUAAAGCUGCGUAUUGUGAUGUUCUGCCUUCAACAUGUCAUACAUUUCAAGUAAAUCUCAACCUAGAUAGUCUUAGUGUGGACUUGGGAGCAGAGACUUGUACUUGUAGGAAAUGGGAUAUGUCUGGCAUACCAUGUUGUCACGCAAUAGCUUGCAUAUUCUUCCUUCACAAAGAAGCUGAGGAUUUCGUUGAUGACUGCUAUAAGAGAGACACUUAUUUGAAGGCGUAUGCAGGAUCUAUCCCCCCAUGUGAAGGUGAGAGACAUUGGCCUAGGAUAGAGUUUAAGUUGUUUCCUCCUCCGAUAAAAAUCGGUCCAGGAAGGCCUAGGCGGAAUAGAAGAAAAGAUCCUUUUGAGGAUCCAAAAAAACCUGGGAAACUUACUCGACAUGGUAUUGAGAUGACGUGCAGCAUUUGCCAAACCAAGGGGCACAACAAAAGAAGGUGUCCAAAUAGGGAUAAACCUGUGCUUAAGGAACCGAAACCCAAGAGAUCAAAGGGAAGGCCAGUAAUGAGUUCUGGACCUGUGCACUCUACAUCUAUAACUGGACAGUUAAAUCAUCAUUUUGCUACAGCAGAACCCAAUAAACUAGGCAGAGGGGGGAGAGUUAUUAGAGGUGGAAGGGGAUCUAGAGGAGCAACAAGUUCAGGGCGAAAUAAAGCAGCCCAAGGACGAGGAAGGGGCAGCAGGGGGCAAAAUGGAGAAUGACAAAUAUGUGAUGUAAUAGUUUUAGGUUAUUAAAUUGUUUUAUGGUUAUUUUUGUUAAACCCUUGGGCUGUUUUUAGGUAUGUCAAGUGGCUGAAUUAUGGUGUUAAUGGUCCCCUGUUUAAUGGUCCCAUCAUGUUAGGGAUGUUUUUUAUUUUAAUUAUGUUCCCUGCCGAAUGGAUUAUUGAUUAUGGUG